AUGACAGAAAAUCACACAAACGGUCUAUUAGACCUGCUACGAAGCCCAGUAAGCCCACAGUUUCUGUCCUACGUAUCCAGACAGGCCUCUCUGGUGAUUCCUUGUGAUGACCAACCAGACCUGGAUAGCGACAAAAACCCGCUUGUCCUACCCCACCUCCACACUUUUGUUUGCCUACUAAUUAGGAGGUCUUCGAUGCGAUCUGGCACUAUACUAGCCGCACUCGUCUUUCUGAAUCGGCUCCAGAAACGUCUAUCCCUGGUUGCAAGAGGAAGCUUCUGCACGUGCCAUCGUAUCUUUCUUGCCACCCUGAUAAUCACCGCAAAGUCUCUACACGACUCGUCUCCAAAGAACAAACACUGGGCAAGAUAUGCCAUGUACUUCAACCUCCCUGAAGUCAAUCUGAUGGAAAUCCAGCUUCUCGCUUUAUUGGACUAUGAGCUCAUAAUUGAUAUGGAAGAACUUCAGUCUGAAUAUGCUCGGUAUUAUCAGUCAUCGCGACGUUCUUCUCUCUUGGAACUCUACCCUCAACCUAAUCCUCCCCAAUAUUCACCGCAAUCGCUUGAAAGCAUAACCUCCUGCGGAGAUCUCGGUCUAGUCCUCCAUUAUCAAACAUUCCAUCCAAACACAUGCGAGAAACCACUGCCUGCUAUGGUCCCUUCUAUCAGUAUCACACAAGAAAGUAUCGCUACAGCCACAACUACAGUUCCAUUGGAUAUUUAUCCAAUUAGACAAGGGUCAGCCUUUGUUACCAGCAACGAGCAUCUACCGUCUCUGGCUUCAUCGAUAAGCUCCUCGACAUCCUCAAACGAUCUAUCGAUCGAUGCUGAUCAUAGCCAGAUCCUUAGUCACAGCGAUGGCGGAAUAAGGAUGCUCACACCAGUUUAUCCGGCUGCUCGUUUGCGCGAUAGUACGCCGGAAGAGCCAAUCCGGUACAAACAUCACUCUGAUGUCAACACCAGGGCAGACAAACAAGUCUUACCUCAGCUUCCAAAACCACACUUGGGUCACAGAUUCUCGAUAGAUAUGUUUGUUGAGUUGGGUCGUAAUUCGAAAUCAAUGGGGUAUACUCCCUCAUGGUCACAAGAAGAUGGGCCCAGGUUCUCCUAUUCUCCUCGUAUUGUGUAA